AUGCCAUGCCGUCUCGCGUCGCGUCGCGUCGUGUCGUGUCGUACGCGCCUACCCACGGUCCCUACCCUCUUGCCGCCCACGCGCUCCGACAACCGCGUCGCUGAACAACAGACAGACAGCGACAGCCGUCCCAACAACAACCGACGACGCGCGGAGGCCGAUCUCGACAGAUCUCGACGUGCGUCCGGCACGCCCGCCGCCCGUCCCGUCGCCCGUCCCGUCGCCGUCGCCGUCGCCGUCGCCGCCGCCGCGCUACGCGACACGUCAUGUCGUCUCGCGGUGGGUACGGCACGAGCGCACGCUAUUGGCAGACGCGAGCCGCCGCAAGCCAGCCGCAACCAGAUCGCCGUCCAUGUCCCGCGGCGACCUGGCUCGCGCAAAGAAACACCGAGGGCGCACGACCCGGCGUGGACGCCCCGUGUCUUCCGAGUACAAUACAAUCGUUCUCGCCGACGCAAGCAAGCCUUCGCGAUCGCGCGCACGCAGCCCGCAAAAGGGGGCUGGGGUCCACGAAGGCAACGAAGCGGGACGCGCUGCGGGGGGCGUAGUGUCCCAAAAAGCCGACGUGCAGGGCUGCUUAGACAGUAUUUCUGGGCUGCGGGCUGCGGGCUGCUGCCAGAGAUCCCGAGCGGCGUGGCGGAUCUCGCGGACCGAUCGCGUUCGACAUGGCGCUGCUACCGUAGUAGCAGAAUAUCAGGAAUCAGGGAUAUCAGGAAUCAGGAAUCUGAGAAUCGCACGAAGGCGGGCUCGGAGAUGCGGUCGAGCCGUGAUGCUGAUCGUGACAUCGCGUGCGUGCGUGCGCAGGCAGGGCAGCUCCCGCAGUGCAUGGACCCGAGCGGGGGGGCGAGCGGGGGAGGAGCAGAAGCGAGAUGGGGGACGGCGGGUGCGGGUGCGGCGACUGAUCUCGCGGACUGGAUCGGGCGGAGGGGGCUGAGAGGAGAAGCGGGAGGGAAGCCGAAGCCGAAGCCGAAGCGGGGGAAGGCGCGAGGGAAGGCGCGAGGGAAGGCGCGAGGGAAGCAGGAGCAGGAGCAGCAGCAGCAGCAGGAGGGACCGGACAGGCAGACGCGUGUCCGGAUUCGGUAUAAAGUGGCCGAUAGGUACGGAAAGACCCUCUCGAGGCGGGGCCGUGUGCCGGGGCGCGGGGCGGGGCUACUGAGGGGCAGCUUCCGUAUAUGA